GCGUAAAUACGGAGAUUAUUCCUCCGAGAGCAGCUCUCCAAAUCUGCUACCUUGUCAUGCAUGCUUGCGUCUUUCAUCUUGAAGCAGGCUUUCAUCUUGAAGCAGGCUGAUUCCAGAUGAUGGCUACGUCAGAGCGUGAUGUCAUCGACUUCUCUGCGUUGGAGCUAGAGCUGCAGGCGGCGGUUGAGUCUGAGCGGAGAUACCAGCGAGAGAACGAGGCUAAACUGAGGGCUGUCAGCCAGAGAGUUGCCUCCUACCAGGAGUUCAGAGACCUGGUCCUGACCUGUCACCUGAAACCUCUGGAGAAGAAAGACAAAGAAGGAGCUCCACGGAAACAGCCCUGGAACCCUGUUGCCCCGAGCAACAACUAAUGUCGUCAAAGAAACGAGGAACACAUUAACCUGCUUGAAUUUUUUUUUAUGUAUUCUUGUUGCUUUUCACGAUUCCCCAGAUUAUUAAAACUUUUAAGUUGUUUUCAUGGUGCAGGUGCAGAUGGUUCAUGGUUGCAAUUCAACCCUCAGCGUUUGUGGAGAUACAUAGUUUUCAUUGAACAGGAAGUGCUGUGAGACUUGACUUGACCUCACACAUAAAAAGUGGAACACGUAUGAAAUGAAAAUGUGACUUGAAUAAAAGUAUUAAACCAG